UCAGCUCCCCUACACGCACCGUUUGGCGACCAUCGUGUCGAACACGACAUGGACACUGUUAUCUGGUGACCAGACGGUGCAUGAAGGGCCUCUUGGUCGACAUUGGCACGACAGACAAUAGUGUAGCUGUCGUGUCCAACACGACGGUUGGUCAGCCCGCGCAGUGCCAUCAGGUUCGGCACGACAGUGCUGGAGGACGUCGUGGCACGACGACACCGCAAUGUCGCUCUCGUGUCGGAUACGACAGUACUGGAGGACGUCGUGGCACGACCGUCGAGUUCGACACGACAGUGAAACGACGACGAGCUGGCGGGCUGCGGCCCGCUUCAGUUGCUCUGUGUUCCUGUCUACUCUUGUUCUCAAGUGCUGUGGUGUUUGCACGUCGAGAAGAGGAGGCUACUGGUCGGCAGGGGAAAUCUGCGAUGGACGUUGUGCCGAGGCGUAAAAGGUCUGGUGACACGUCCGCUGCAGGUGUGGGAGACGAGGUGCCUGUCGUCGACCACAACGACAAGUGCUGGAUGUUGGACUGGGUGGGUGGAAUCGGGGAACGCUCGGGUGGGCUCGCUUUGUACGUGGUGAUAAAAGAUAACAUUGUUCCGAUUGGCGGUGUGGUUAAGUGGAGUGGAGAAAAAUCGCCGUCGGCCAUGUUGGAGUUGACGAUGGUCCUUAACGCUAGAGGGCAUGAGCCGGUGGUGCAUGCUUCCGACCGCAUAUCUGAACCGAAAAGCGUGCUUUCGUCGUCUUUGGAGGCGGCUCCGUCGUCGAAACCGAUCGUUAUAGGUGUCCGCCCUCCGCCAUCAAUUCGGACUACGGUUGCUGCAACACGAGUUCCGAAAUCAGGGCAGAUCGGGGAGAAAGGUCCGUGUCGCGGCCAAAUCGUGCCGUCAGCCCCUGUGAAGUGUAGACGAACAUCAACCAAGGAACCCGUUUCCUUGGUCCGCCCGCCGCGCUAUGAGUUGGCCAUUCCUGCUCGGUCGCAUUAUUUUGGAGAUGACGACGAGGAGAACAACGAAGAAAAAUGGGAGCGCGAUGAAGAACGAGAAGAAUGUGAGGAGGGUGGCGAAGAAGAGGAAGUAGAGAGUGAACACACAAUCAGCGAGAGGGCUGGGCAGGACAAGUUGGAGGGUCGUCUAGGGGUUGAGUAUGAGGACGAAGGGCAAGAAGAGGAAACGACCGACGAGGGAGGGCAUGCAGAUGUGCAUCGGGGUUCCAAACGAACGCAGCUGCUCGCGCCGGGUCAUGGGCAUUGGGAAGCGGAUCCAGGGCGCGGGGAAAUGCACCGCGAAGUUGGGGUCGAGCCGGUGCAUGCCGAUGCAGUACGACUAGCUGAGAAGAAAAGGAAGAUGAGGCGCGAGAGAAGAAGUGCUAUGGACAGUAAGAAAACCAAGCAGGAGGGGGGAGCCAAGCAAGAGGAGGGCAAACGCAAGUUGAAAAUGCUGGUAGUUGAGGAGGCCGUCCAACGUACGCGGGAGGCUGAGGAGGCCAUGAAGAAAAAACGGCAGCCAAGGAAAAAAACAGCGAAGGGAGGUGUGAUGGAAAAAACUUCCGUUUUUUCAUCGGACCAGCCACAGUCGGAUGAAGACGCUGUGGGCAAGACAGUCACCAGACCGCCCGGUUUGCAGAUUCUGCCGCAUGGGAAUUCUUCUGGUCAUCUGAGCAAAGGCUUCUUCCUUGAGUUCGACGAGAAUGGUAACCAGAGGCCGGAAAUGCAGUUCAUUUCUGUCAAGUUGGACAGGAUUCGGGAUAUCCCUGAUGAGGAAUUAAGAUAUAAUCAACGCUUCCUCGAUCAGGAGCUUAUUGAUGACCUUUACAAAACAAUGGUUGAGUCGGGUGAGGCAGCUAUCAGAGAGAGAACGCCCGGGGCAGCCGGGGUGAAUGUAUGUGCAUUGUACGAGAAGCCUGUCCUUCUGUUGAUUGGGCUACAUGAUACAAUGCAUACUGACACUUCCGCAGCCGGUCGCCCAGAAGCUAUAGGCGGAACUGCUGCAGACGUCAAAAAUAAGGAUUACAGAGAGUUUGCGGCGAUGGCUCUGCGCACGACCGGGAGUGAUCAUUUGGUUACUCUUUCACUUCAGGUUUGGAGCAGAGAGUGGUCCGACUUCCUCGGGCCUUACAUGAUAUUGGCAAGGGCGACGGACGAUGUGUUCGACAAGGUGCAACAAGUGUAUUCUGCUUGGGAGAGUGGACAGUUGCCGGGGAGAGAUGGUAUGAAGCCUGCCACCAAACAAGGUGAAUCGGGGAAAGCGCCGAGACCUGGCCUCGGAUUCGAGUUGGAAAAAGGAGUCAGGGUUCCAAUGCACUGGAUUCAGGGUACUAGAGGACCUGGUUACCUCGUGGUUGUGCGCGAUCCGGAUGUCAAAUCAUGGAAGGCUAUGUCUACGUUGGGGAGGCGUGAGAGGCUGCAGCUGUUGAGAGACAUUCUCACGGGAAGUGUUGUACUGGCUCCAAGGCUAAGUAAAGCUGCUCAGACUGCCGGAAAACAUUCGAUGGAGACAUACGAUGAAAUGGUGAAGCAGGAAAGAGCAAUGUUGAGAAUGUUUCACUACUUCGUCUUCAUUUCUGACCCUCACAAGAAGCCAUCAGAGUGGAAGGAACCAUUCUUCGACAACCUUUCUGAUUUGUUCGCUAGGUAUUCUGAUCAGGGAUUGACAUCGGAGAGGUGGAUCGACCAGCGACGACAUUUCAAAGAAACGAGUUGGGUGCGGUCAUUUCCGACUACACUUGGAGGCAAGGAUGAGAAAAGAGAGGAGGGCUUCAAGAAAACAAAAUCAAUUGCAAAUAAAUGCCCCGAAGAGUUCAUUCAAUUUGUCAACAAGUUGUUGCGUAGAUCUGAAACUGGGGGUUCGCAUAACAUUCGUAUGUCGGGACAAGCGAGAUACAUAUAUUUCCAGAAACAGGAUGUGACAUCUGUAUUCGUGCCGUUCCAGUGGGAACCGAGCGAUGUUUCAGACGAGAUGGAUUGCAAGGAGAUGUUUAGAGCCGUCAGACACCUGACGUUCCACACAGCCGUCCUGGAUUUGUGCCGCCCGACCCAGAUGGGUGCGUGGAUUGAACAAGUGUUUCAUGAACUCAAGAAGUCCAUGGACAAACUUGGCGGUGAGUAUUGGACAUUGUUGUGCUUCGUUCCACGCCCUUGCGAGUUCACAUUCUUCAGGCGAGUCGCGAUGUGGGACAUUCAAUUGGAUCUUCUCAAAUGGACUCGUCUACAACAAACAAAGGGGAAAGUGUACAAGAUUGCAAACUUGCCUUUGGAGGACACAAACAGAAUGGUGGUCAUCAUGUACUCCAACGACGGGGAUUUUCAUCGCAACACUAUUCCCUUGUUUGAAGAUAUUCAAGCUGCAGGUCCAUCAUCUGCCGAGCGGGUGGCUGACAUAUCGGCACUUGUGCGGAGAGAGAGAAAGCCGAAGAUGUUGACUGAUGUCGUGGAGAAGAACUUUCUACCAUCAAAGUGGAAAAUGACAGUUAUGGAUCCACCGGAGAAAGUGGUCUAUGAUGGUAUGGAAAGGGAGCCGAAUGCGAUGGUGGAGACAUUGGAACAUUUUUGUCCUGCGGAUGAGACUGUCGUUUUCCUCGAGAAAGGUCAUGCGGGAUUGGUUUGGGAGCUGUUAAAUAGUCACCGUCAUUGCAUUGUGCUGGAAGGGGAGGGUAUGAAGUUCGAGUUCCUCAUUCAGUUCAUUGACAAGAUGGUCAAAACUCGAGAUUACCACGCCAACUUUACUAAGCCGCCUCCUCGACAUGAUGAAGGGCGUGAUCUCGUCUACAAGGUUGGCCAAAACGUGGUCAAUAUUUGGGAGUUUCUCUUUGAAACAAAGCCGCAAGACAAAGGGGAACGUACUUAUGUCCUCAGAAGAAGAAAAGUGGAGAAAGCUCUUGAGGGGUUAUCAUAAAGCACCAUUGGAGAAGGAGGUUUCAUUUCUCGACCGCUUGGAGACCAUGUACUUCGACCAACAAAUCGGGGCGUUUACA